AUGGAUCUUGACCUUGCGUUAAGGAUUGAUUCUUCCCCACCUAUUACGAACAAAACUACCUCUGAUGAGAAAAGGGACUUUAAAAGGUGGGAGAAAUUAAAUCGCAUGUGUAUGAUGAUCAUGAAGAGAGCCAUUCCAGAAGCAUUUAGGGGCACUAUGUUAGAUAAAAUAACUACAACUAAAGAUUUUCUUGCCGAUAUUGAAAAGAGGUUUGUCAAGAAUGAAAAGUCUAAAAUUAGUACACUCUUGACAAGCCUAAUUUCAAUGAGGUAUAAGGAUAACGGUAACAUUAGGGAGUACAUUUUAGAGCUAUUUCAUCUUACUUCUAAGUUGAAAGCACUUAAACUUGAACUCUCUGAGGACUUGUUAGUGCAUUUGGUAUUAUUAUCCCUUCCGGCACAGUUUAGCCAGUUUAAGGGUUGCCUGAAUUGCCGAAAGCCAAAUGAUGCUGAAAGAUACUUCUAUGUGGGAGAUGGAAAGACAGUUCAAGUUGAGGCAAUAUGA